GGUGCACGCAAAAACAGAGGAGAGAAGAGAAAACAGAGAAUAACAUUAACAGCUACCAGAGACGGAAGAGAUCAUUAAAGUUGGUUCGUUCUGGUUUAUACAAGGCUCUUAAAGAGCUCUAUGCCAGUGUGCCCCAAAGAUUGGCGUUGCUCGGAGGCGAUUAGUGAACACAUGAAAUAUUCUCUUCUGAGUGUGAGAGAUGAAGUUUCCUUCACCUUGGGCUUAAUCAGUAUUAUCGGUUGGAGUGUAGCUGAGAUACCUCAAAUAAUCACUAAUUACAGAGAAAAGUCCGCAGAGGGCCUCUCUAUCACUUUCUUGCUGACAUGGAUACUUGGGGAUGUUUUCAACCUUCUCGGCUGCUGGCUGGAACCGGCUACUCUUCCAACACAAUACUAUAUGGCAGUGUUAUAUGUAGUGACUUGCGGGAUCCUCAUUGCACAGGCCUUAUACUAUGGCCACAUAUAUCAUCAACUGAAAUACAAUAGAAGUCAGCACAAGGAUCCAAAGCCUAACAAGUUGGUGGCACCAGUAGAAGUUAUACCGGGGGAUGGUGAAAUUGGAGGGAAACAAGUAAAUGACGCUGAGAGGAGUAAUGGGUCUGACACUUUUGGUGGAGAACACAUUUUGAGUUCACCUAUUCCUCUUCCAGAAAUUCCUAGAAGUGGUUCUCUUGAAAGAGAACUAUACUACAUGUCAGCAAGAUAUCUAUCAAGGAGUCAUACUCCCCCAGCAGGAUCUUUCCUAGCACAAAGAAUGAAUUAUGCAUCUCUUCAUGCUCAUAAUUCUAUUGAAGAGCCCUUGCUUCGUGGACUUGAGUCCAGACAAUCUACUCCGCCACCAAGCAUCAAGACUACUCUUUGUGUGGUCUCUGUUAUGAAUUUUCUUGGUAUUUACAAUUCCCAUCAGUCAGCGGACAGCAAACUUUAUUCAGUGUUCAAAAGUCAAAAUGAAGGAGUUGUAAUACAAGUAGGCAGAAAGCUUUUGCAGGCAAGCAGAAUGGUAGGCGGUGGGCUGUUGCAAGAAAAUGAUUUUGAAGAAAGACUGAGUAUUGGAAGUUUCCUUGGCUGGGGAAUGGCAGUUCUAUACAUGGGUGGAAGGCUUCCUCAGAUUUUCUUAAAUAUUAAAAGGGGCAAUGCUGAGGGGCUUAAUCCUUUCAUGUUCAUCUUUGCUUUGGUUGGAAAUGCUACUUACAUAGCCAGCAUACUUGUAAGCAGCUUGGAUUGGUCAAGAAUUAAACCAAAUCUACCAUGGCUGGUGGAUGCAGGAGGAUGCUUACUUCUCGAUACAGUUAUACUAUAUCAAUUUUUCUACUUCCGUCAUUGGAAACCCAAAGAGAAUAAGUUUGGACAUUACAAUGCCAGCUUAGAUGACCAAGGAAUAGUAUGAUUUUGAGGUAUUACAGUAAACCUACCCUUUGGACUAGAGAUUCAGGAGCCAUUGAAGACUUUGGUGGUUCGAGUUUCAGGACGUGGAAGUAGCUUAUUUUUGGAGUAUUGAUACAAAAAUACUAAUUUGGUGUAGUUGGUUUAUACAAUGCUGCAACUAUUGCCUAUUGGAGAUCUUAUUACUUUA